AUGUUUUUAUCCGAUGCUUUGCGUAGAGCAUUCUUGAAAGAGUGCAAAGAGACAUUAGUAGAUGAAGACAUUGAUGUGAACUUUAUUGAACAAGAACUCCCAAUGACAGAGAAAAAGCUUCAAGAAUUGAAGGAUGCCACAGAAGCCUAUGAACAGUUUCAAACAUUAGCAGACAUUGUUAGAGUAGGAUGGCCCGAGACUCGUGAUCAAGUUCCAACUUGUGUCAGGAUGUUCUGGAACUACCGUGGUGAAAUUACCCUCCUGAAUGGACUAUUGUACAAGGGACAGUCUGUAAUGAUACCAUCAUCACUGCGGCGCCAGAUCCUUACCAAACUGCAUGAACCUCACCUUGAUAUCGUGAAAACUAAGCAGAGAGCCAGGAACAUAAUAUUUUGGCCGAACAUGAACUUUGACAUAGAACAGUUAAUUCAGUCUUGUGGAGUGUGCAACUCGUUCCGAAAAUCAAACAUCAAACAACCUCUCAUUCCACAUGAAAUACCGAAUACUCAUUGGACAAAGGUUCGAGCCGACAUUUUUAAUUUCAAGGGCAAGGACUAUUUGUUAUUGGUGGAUUAUUACUCGAAAUACCCAGACAUCAUACCACUUCCAGAUUUACGAGCCCGAUCUACCAUUGCAGCAUGCAAAACAGUAUUCGCUAGAAAUGGCAUACCACUAGAACUGUUUUCAGACAAUGGACCGCAAUUUAGUUGCCAUGAGUUUAAGUGUUUUGCAUCGGAUUGGGAAUUUACACACAUAACAUCAAGCCCUCGCUAUCCACGUUCAAAUGGUCAGGCAGAGCGCUGCAUCCAGACCAUUAAAAACUUGCUCAAAAAGGCGGAAGAGAGCAACGGUGAUCCAAAUAUUGCUCUCUUAGAGUACAGAAAUACACCUAUUGAUGGAAUUGGAAAAUCACCCGCACAGCUGUUGAUGAACAGAAGUCUUCGUUCAAAGAUUCCUACAACUCGAACAUGGUUGGAGCCAAAACCUUUGGAAUCUCAACUCUCCAAACUUCAACUUCGUCAGAUGAAACAGAAAUAUUUUCAUGACCGAACCUGUUCUAAACUACUGCACAUUGAAGAGAGAGAAAUCAUUCGUAUGCAGAAUCCAGAAAAUCGAAAUUGGGAACCAGGAGUCAUUCAACAGAACCUUGGAAAUCGUUCAUACAGCAUAGUGAACCAACAUGGAAGAGCUCUUCGGAGAAACCGUAGCCAGAUAUUGAAAUCGCGGGAAACCAACUUCCAGAUGUUACCCCCAGAAGUUGAACCACAAUUGAGUGAAUCUGUACCAAGUGAAAGUGAAAAUUCUGGUGAUGUGUCCAAUGUUAAUACCUCACAUUCAAGUCAGGAAAAUCCCGUGGCAAACAAACCCUCGGUAACCAGGUCAGGAAGAAUCUCGAGACCACCCGCCUACCUAUCAGAAUAUGUGAAAUAA